AUGCAUUUACUGGAGAAAGUGUCCACGUACCACAUGGAAUGUUUGAACCCAUCCCUGAGCGAGGUGCCUGUCGACGAGUGGUUUUGUCCUGAGUGUGUUGCCACAGCGGCCCCCGCAGCACCCCCUGCUGCUGCCACUGAUGCGGAUCCCGUGAGUGAAGAGGAAGUGGCCUUGCUCCUGGUCGAUGUUGUCCCCACCACCAGCCGUCUGCGUCCCAACACGGGGCGGACUCGGGCCAUUGCCAGGACUCGCCAGAGUGAGCGGGUGAGAGCUACUGUGAACCGCAACCGCAUCAGCACCGCCCGGAGGAUUCAGCGGGUGCCCAGUUACCUCAUGUCGUCUUUGCUCGACGAGACUAUUGAAGCCGUGGCCUCUGGUCUGAGCACUGCCGUGUAUCACCGGCCCGUGACUCCUCGGACCCCAGUCAGACGGAAAAGGAAAACAGGGAGAAGGAAGAAAGCCUCUGGAAGAAAGAGAGCCUCAUCCAAAUCCUCGGGGAGAAGCAAGAGCUCAGGGACCCGUCCCAAGAGGCGCAAGGCCCGAGUCAAGAAAAGGAAAGGCCAGAAGAGCCGGGUCAAAACCAAAAUUACGGCUCGUUCUCGCAUCGCCAGGACGCUGGGCCUUGGGAAACCCCUGCGUGGAGCCUCCAUACCUUCUGUGUAUAAGCCGGUUGAGCCUUCUCUGGGCUUCAUGAGAGCAGAUAUCGGAGCAGCUUCCUUGUCCCUGUUUGGAGAUCCUUAUGAGCUCGACCCCUAUGACAGUAGUGGAGAACUCCCAGCAAACCAGGCAUCUCCUCUGAGCACCAAGAGGCGGAUCCUCUCACAGUCAGCCCUUAGAUCUCAUCAGCCUGUGGCUAGACCCAUUUCUGUGGGGCUUUCCAGGAGGAGCGUUCCCGCCUCCGUCCCUGAACAAGACAUAGAGGUGCCUCCUGUCCCCGACCUCUUGGGGAGCAUCCUCUCUGGGCAGAACCUCCUGAUGAUGAGCGGCUCCGACGUGGUCAUCAAUCGGGACGGCUCCCUCACGGCCCGGAAGGCAGCCCCAAUUUCCUUGCAGAGAAGCUCGACUGCUAAGGCCAGGGAAGAUGGAGAAGGCAGAACUAGGGCCAGUGUGCAGCCCAGGACCCUGCAGUCAGGGACCUCAGCCCCCCGCCUCAGUGCAGACGUCUCUGAGCAUUUGGGCUUGAACUCACACGGGGGGCCGACCACCAGCAUGUUGGCCGCCGCCGCCUCCUCCUCCUGCCUCGGGGGCCUGGAGAAGUCUGGGAGCCCUUCCCCCGGGGCGCCCAAAAGGGCGGCUGUGAGAUUAGAAUAUCCCAUGACCCCGCGCUCCGUCCAGACCCAGAACUUGGCGAACAGGAGCAAACUAGGUUUGAAAGCCAACGAAACGCCCCACUUGAAUGGAGACAAGCGUCCUGCGUCAGUGACGUCUGCGUCCCCCAAGCUUUCGAAUGGCCACUCGAGCUCCCCGCCAGAAAGACCAGCUAUGGGACGGCCCCUGCAGCCAGUCCCCAGGCGCCGGGACAUCUCGGAGCUGCCCAGGAUACCAAAGAUGAAGAGAGAAGGCAGCGGCGACGGGCGCAGGAAUUCCGAACCCACGGGCAGCAGGGGCGCAGACAUCCCCAACUCGUGCAUCAACCGCCUGACGGGCCGGGAAGGCAGCGGCCAGCCUGCCCGAGGGGGCCGGGUCGAGAGCAAGCCCGGUGGCCGCGACUCCCAGGAACCCAAGACGCACUCGGGCGGCGGCUCCUGCGCCGGCGCCAGCACCAGCGGCCCCGGCUCCCACGGCAGCCUGCCCCCCUUCGGGCCGUCCCGGGGCAAGGGCCUCGGCUCCUCCUUCGAAAGCUUCCGAAUUAACAUCCCCGGGAACACGGCCCACGCCGGCAGGCUCCCCAACCCCGGCUUCUGCAACACCUUCAGACCGGUGGACAACAAGGUCCAGCGCAAGGAGAACCCCUCCCCCCUCUUCUCGAUCAAGAAAGCCAAGCAGAUCAAGAGCGAAAUCUACGACCCCUUCGACCCCACGGGCUCCGACUCGAGCUCCCCCAGCAGCAGCCCCGAGCGCCUGGGCGCGGGGCUGCUGCCCUCCGAGAUCACCCGCACCAUCUCUGUGGACAGCCCCAAGGUCUCGACCUUCCAGACCGUGCGCUGCGUGACCUCGUACACAGUGGAGAACGUCUUCGGGUCCGGCUCCGAGCCGUCCGACGGGCCGUCCUCCAGCCACCUCGAGCAGGUGGACAAGCUGGAGGAGGAGGAGGAGGAGGCCGGGAGCAGUCCCUGCGCGUCCAGCGCCGUGCGGCGGCGCCUUUCAGAGAGGGAGCCAGGGGAGGCCGACGGGCGCGAGCGGCGAAGCACCUUCUUUGACGUGGAGGAGCGGACCGUGACCUGCGUCACCAUUGAGCCGGCCUCCCCCUCGGAGGAGGAGGAGGAGGAGGAGGAGGAGGAGGAGGAGGAGAGUCGGCCGCCGGCCACCACUCACAGAAUCGUGGAGAUCCGCUCCCCGUCUCGCUCACGCUCCAACUCGAGCUCGCGCAGCCACAAGAAAGCCAAGCGGAAAAAGGCUGCCGCCACCAAGGAGCGCCGGAAGACCCGGUCCCGCUCGCACUCUCCGUCCCGCGACAGGAGCUCGCGGUCUACCUCGUGGUCAGUGGAAGGAGACGGCGCCAAGAAGCACCGCUUCCAGGCCAAGCCGCGGAGAUCGUCCAGCGAGCGCUCUAGCAGCCGUGACCGUGGCCGGAAGAAGAGGGACAAGGGCAGGGGCAAGGAGAAGAGGAGGGGCCCUUGGUCCCGGGACCGCCGUAAGUCCCGCUCCCACUCCGGGAGUCCCGGCGGCGGCAGCUCCUCCUACGAGGUUGGCGAGGGCCGCAAGAGGAGGCGGCGGCGGUCGAGCUCCCGCGGCCGGGGCCGAGAGGGGUCCCGCUCCAGCAGCCCGGAGAGAGCCCGCAGGCACAAGCGGCGCCGACAGAAGGGCCUCGAGCGCUACGAGAAGAAGGACCGGAGCUCCCGGCCCCGCGACAGGAGGGGCUCGCGCUCGCGCUCCCGCGACAGGAGAGGGUGGAGGUCCCGCUCCCCGUCGGCUUCCAGGUCGAGGGAGCACAAGAGGGCCCGGUCCAGGGAGAAGAGGCCCCGUUCACGCUCCAGGUCCAGGGACAGGAAGCAGCCUAGCAAAGGCGCGUCUCCGCCGCCCCCGCCCCCACCCCUGCCAGAGGAGCCCAAGGCCCCCGAGGAGAGCGUGGCCCCCGGGCAGCCGGCCCCGGAGCAGGCCGGCCCCAGCCAGGUGGAUGGGCCACAGGCCCUCCCAGCCACGGAGGAGACGCCGCCGGAAGCCCCGGCCCGAGCCCAGGGCCCGGAAGAGAUGGCCGCCGCCGACGACCUGGACUACGGCGAGAUGGUGGAGGCAGAGCACAUCUUUGACGACUUCUCCAGCGACGCCGUCUUCAUCCAGCUGGACGACAUGAGCUCCCCGCCUUCCCCGGAGAGCACAGACUCCUCCCCCGAGAGGGGUCUCCUGCUCCCCCUGCCUCUGCCCACGGGCGGCAGCCAGGGCGGUCCGAGCCUCGGGGCAGCUCCUGCUCCCCAACGGGAGGCCACUCCGGAGCCCCCCGCGCCCUCCGAGGGCCCCCCACGGGAAGCCGCCCCCUCGCAGGGGGCCACGGACAACCAGGUGGAGGAGGUGGCCGCCGUGCGGGACGCAGGGCCCGCGGCCAGCGAGGAGGCCGGCGAGGCCGCGGAGGCGGAGGCGGAAGGCAUUUCCCAGAUCCCCUCGCUGAAAUCCAAAGCCUUGGUGAAGAGGGUGACGUGGAAUCUCCAGGAGGGAGAGGACAGCCUGGUGGGCCCCGAGCCCGGGCCAAGGGCGCCGUUCUACAAGCUGCCGCGGUCGCUGGAAGGGGCCUGGAAAGCCGAGGACCCGAACCCCAGCCUAAAUCAGGUGCAGUCCCGUGAGCCUCCUCCCACCAAUUACAUGGUGGCUGAGCCCAUGUUUCCUGACCUAGAUUGCUCUCAGGUUUACAGCCCCAACAUGCCUCUGACCCCGACUCUGCCCCCGAGCGGGCCUCCCUACGCCCCGGUCAGCCAGCCCACGGUCCAGUUCAUCAUGCAGGGCAGCCUGCCCCUGGCGAGCUGCGGGCCGGCCCAGAGCCUGACUCCGGAGCCGGCCAUGCUGGCGGCGGCCUCAGAGCCCGGCAGCCAGGCCCCGGCGGUGGCGGUGGCGGCGGCGGCGGCGGCUGCAGCGGGAGACUCGGAGGAGAAGGCGGCCGUGGCCAAGCCCGUGGCGGGGGCCGUGGCCGCUGCCUCCGGGGAGAAGCCCACGAAAAACGAAGAGGUGGGUGUGGGAGGGGGCGGGGCCCGUGGGGGCGGGGCGGGGAGGGCGUUCAUCGCCGUCUCCGUCCCCCUGAACUACAGCCGGCAGCAGGGCGGGAAGCGGCAGCUGGCGCUCAUCGGCGCCACGUGGGGGCUGGCCUUCGCCGUGGCCUCGCCGGUGCUGUUCGGCCUCAACGACGUGCCGGGCCGGGACCCGGCCGUGUGCCAGCUGGAGAGCCGCAGCUACGUCGUCUCGUCGUCCGUGUGCUCCUUCUUCCUGCCCUGCCCGCUCAUGCUCGUGCUCUACUGCGCCAUGUUCCGGCGCCUGCGCGCCUGGGAAGGGGCGCGCCGGGCCAAACUCCGCCAGAGCAUGCGCCCUGGGGCGGCCCGCAGGCCCAGCCGGCCCCAGCAGCCCGAGGCGCCCGCCGGCUACUCGCCCCAAGGCCCGAUCCAGACCGUGGCCUACCCGGCACCGCCCCCCGCCGGGGCCCCGAGGAAACGCGCCAAGAUCACCGGCCGGGAGCGCAAGGCCAUGAGGGUGCUGCCCGUGGUGGUCGGUGCUUUCCUCGUGUGCUGGACGCCCUUCUUUGUGGUCCACGUGACCCGCGCCCUGUGCCCCGAGUGCCCCGUGCCCCCGAGGCUGGUCAGCAUCGUCACGUGGCUGGGCUACGUGAACAGCGCCCUGAACCCGGUCAUCUACACGGUCUUCAAUGCGGAGUUCAGGAGCUUCUUCCGCCGCCGAGUGCUCGGGCUCCUGUGCUAG